UCCCAUAUGUAAUAUUAUAUAUAUGAACACAUAAUAUGCACCUACACAUUCGUCCAUGCACAUGUCAACUCUCUUUAUACAAAGAAUCACAGUGAGUCUUCUCCAUUUCUUAGUCAUCCUCCCUCAUUUCAAUCCAUUUCUUGGUUCAGUGAUGGGAAAACUCGAUCAUGAUACACAAAUUCUCCAUUUCACCCAUCCCCACCCACUGGUACUAAAUUCAAAUGACCAAUUUACUCUACCAGACAUGAGUUCCAGUAAUGUUAAUCCAGUGAGAACAACUUGUGCAGGUUGCAAAUUACCAGCAAACUCUUCUGAUGAUCUGAUUUAUUCAUGCAAUCGAUGCAACUAUCACCUCCAUUUAUUUUGCACAAAAUUUCCGCAACUCAUUACUCACCCUUCUCACACUUCUCAUCCGCUGGUUCUGCUGCCUGUUUCGACAUACCCUGAAGGACUUUUCAAUUGUGAUGCUUGUCUCCGUCGAGGUGAGGGAUUCAGUUACCAUUGUAAUACCUGUGAUUUCGAUCUUCAUGUUGUCUGUGCUGCAAAACCUUUGACUGUUGUUCAUCAAUUACAUGAGCAUCCUUUGAUGUUGACUUUCAAGAAUCCCUAUGAAACUAAGGGCUUCGCUUGUGAUGUCUGUUCGAAAAUUGGGUCAAAGCAUUGGUUGUACCGGUGUGGUGUGUGUGAAUUUGAUGCGCAUUUGCAUUGCGCCACGGGGAGUCUACCACCGCCUGUACCACCACUGACCGUUGAAAGGAAUCAGUUUCAUGAGCAACCGAAGCCCGAGGGUCCCAGUAGUGGAAAUUCCAGCAGGCUGCAGGGAAAUCAGAAUUUUCCGGCAAUGUCCAACAAUCCAGGAAACAGAAUCACCGGUGGCAUUCAGACACAGCAGAAUGUACCUGAAACAACAAGCUUUCAGUAUACUGGUGUUGGCAUUCAGAUGCAGCAAGGUCCUCCAGGUAACUACUAUAACAGCCGAAUGCAGCGGCAACAGAACUCCCCGGUGACAACAGGAGGGGGGAUGCCGCCCCAACAGGGCUAUCCAGGGACACUGGGAGGGGUAAUGCAGCGACAGCAGAGCUAUCCCCUGACAGGGGUGCAGCAUCAGAAUUAUCCGGUGACAGGUGCAGGGGGGAUGCAACCUCGGCAGAGCUAUGAAGUGACAGGUGCAGGGGGAAUGCCGCCCCAGCAGAGCUAUCAAGUGACGGGUGCAGGGGGAAUGCCUCGUCACCAGAGCUAUCAAGUGACAGGUGCGGGGGGGAUGCCGCCUCCGCAGAGCUAUCAAGUGACAGGUGUGGGGGAAAUGCAGCCCCAACAAACUUAUCCAUCAGCAACUGGCGGACUAAUGAAUGCUGCGCUUCAAGGAUUAGUUGAAGGGGCGGCGCAGCAAGUCGGUCAGAAUUUAAUGCAGGGUUUGAUGGGUGGUGUUGGGGGAGAUGGUGCUACUUCAUCUGUGUAUGUUAAUCUUGGAUCAACAUAUACAGAUAAUCAAGAUUCUGGUGGAGCUCAAGAAUACUAGGGCCAAAAAUUCAUUUUUAAAUUAUAAUGAAAUCCUGCUUGUUUAAUCCUACAUUUGAUUGGUAGUUUGAUUUAUAAGCAACUCAAUUGCGCUGAUAUAAAAAUUUGGGUAUUUUAAGAAAAUCUAUUCAGUA